AUGGCGACCGACGAAGCCGUGGCCGCAGGACUGAUUGAUUGGGUCAACAGUCUCUCUGUUGCUGAUCCUGUCUACACUGUGGACGACUUAGCCAAUGGCCAGGUCAUCUGGAAAGUGCUUCAACAGAUUGACCGCUUCAGCUUUCCUGGCGAGCUACCUGAAGAUUGCGAUACAGACCAAUGGAUAAACAAAUGGACGAAUCUGAAGCACGUCUACGAUGCCUUGUCCAUCUUCCUUAUCGAAGAAUGCGGUCAGCGGCUGCCUGGCAGCCGACCAGAUCUCAAAGCCAUCGCACAAUCCUCUUCUCUCGGCGAUACUGUGGUGCUCCUGAAAUUGCUGGUGGUUGCGGCAAUCAAUUGCGCCGAUCGCAUCGAAUACCUGAAGCAGAUGCAGGAUCUCUCCGAGGGUACUCAGCAGGUCUUGAUGCAAACAGUGCAAGAAGCUGGGGAAGACGAAUGUGACGAAGCGGAGAUUUCGGCUGCGGAUGCGCUGUCAGCCCACGAGAGUGUCCCCGUUUCCCCUCGGCCAUCCGGGGAAGUAGAUUCAGUGCUUGAGUCAGAGGAGCGGCUGGGCAAAGUCAUAGCGGACAACCAACGGAUAGCACACGAGAACCGGGAGUUGCAAAAGCAACUAGAUGAAUAUCACACGCGUCAGGAGAAAUUGCAAGAACGGUUCGACCAGGUCCAGGACGAACUAAAGGAGGCGACCGAGCGACUCACGGCCCUCCUAGCAGGCCGAUCCGACGCUUCGACCCGUGCCCUGGAUCCGAAACACGACGCACUGAUUGCCUCACUCGAGAAUCGAGUCCUGGAAGCCGAGUCCGAGGUGGAUGAACUUCGUAAGGCCAAUGAGGUGCUCAAGAUCAAGGCGGAGAAAGUCCAGAAGCUGCAAGAUGACUACGAUGAGAUUAAGAUCGAGCGAGACAGGUUGGCUCGAAAGGCAAAUACCGCCGAGAAGUACAGACAAAAGCUGGAGGCAAGCCAGGACCUGGAAAAGGAAAACAACAACCUCCGGACCAAAGUGACCGAGUUGCAGAACCAGCUGAAGCAAGCUGACUCUGUCCGCGCAAGUUCGAGCGACCUGCAAAGGGAGAUCGACGAAUACAGGCGGCUUCUGCCGAGUAUCGAACAGGAAAGAUACGAAUUGAAUGAGAUGAAGAAGAGGUUGGAAUUUGACUAUCACGCCCUUGAGGCGCGGUAUCAGGACGCUCUGGAACAGCUCGCACAACAGGAUAAAGCCAUCGAGGACCUCCACGGACGGCUGCGUGACUAUGAAGAUGGUGUUGAUCCGGCGGACAGAGCAACCAAUCGUGCCAGUCCCGUUGAUCGAGACUUGAUUCAGGAGGAAGCCGAGUUUUUGGAAUCAGAAGCACGCCUAACAGCCGCUCUGCUUGACGGGGACGAAAGUCCCGCUGACCUGGUACCCAAGGAGUCUAGUGAACCCCAUGAGACGCUCUCCUCUGCAUCUGCUCUCCAACUUGAUGCCGGUGCCGAGGGUGACACCAUCUCAGAGGCUGAGCUCAAAGCGAUCAUGUCAGCAAUGCGAGCACAAGCACAGGCUGGCAGCGCUACUGAAAGAGAGUCGUCUAUACGUGCGCAGAAGAAGCUGGUGAUAGCUAUCGAGCGGCAAAGGACCAAGAACAAAGUGCUUCUCGAGCACGUACAAAAGCAAGAUCAGGCAAUAAAACAAAUGCAAGAGGAAUUACACCGGAAGGGUCCAGAGACACAGAAAGAAGAACCACGCGAUGUGCCCCCUCCGCCGCCACCAAAAGACACGCCGCAAGAUCCGGGCCGCCCAGAAUCGACAGAUCCAGAUGGGGCUAGUCACACACUUCAGGCUGAAAAUGAAAUUCUGCAGCGCGAGCUCAAGCUCAUGGCUUCGGCCUGGUACGACCAAAACCUCCGCCUUGCAAGCGCCAGCUCCUCGAAUUCAGGGCGCAGUAGAGGGCUGGGACCUGGGGCCGAGCCACGUGGAUUCCUUGGGCGGCAGCGGCAUAGAAUUGAUGCCGUUGCAUUUGGCCGUGCUUCAUAA